AUGGCCCUCCCAGCAUCUUCCAACCCCAUAACAUCCGUCGCCCCCUCCUCCUCACCCAUCACCUCCGUCCAACCUCCAACCUACUCCUCUCCCUUAUACCCACAAUCCACUAACCCUCAACUGCUCACGAGAUUGAACUUGGACCUGAGGGGUCAGAUGUUCCCCGUUGAAAGGGAGACAUUGAUGUUGUUACCCGAGAGUGUAUUAUUGGGGUUGUUCCCCCAGGGACUUAUCUUGAGUAAACCUGCGAGUUGGGAAGGUGCGGAUGACGGAGUGUUUACUGUUGACUUCGAUCCCGAAUGUUUCCGCUACAUCCUGUCCUUCUGGUCCACCGCUCAAUCAACAUUUUACGGCACCCCAACCUCCCCAGGUCUAUUCCACGCACAGCAAAACAUCCCUAUCAACCCUAACGACCCUACAUCCGACCAAUCGCAGAACCCCCUCCUGUCCAAACAAGCCAUCAUCGUCUUAAGGGAAGAACUCGAGUAUUUCUCAAUUACCAAACCUGGUGGGUUGGCCAAGACCGACCUCAAGACUGGUUUACCUAACGAAGAACUCAGAGCUCUAAAGAGGAAUUGCGGCAAAGCAUUGGAAAAUAAGAAGAGUAUCUUCGCGGCGUUGGAGAGGAACGUUAGUAGUGUUGGGAAUGCGGCGGAGGCUCAUCUGAUCGAUAUGCUCUGUAUGAGCGGAUUCAACAGAGACGACUCAUGGGGAUUCAGAGCAUGUGAACCCUCUCGAAACGUCAUUACCUCGAUGGCGCUCGUCUUGCUGAAAACAGGUAUAAUGCAUCCCACGCCUGAAGAACAAAUGGAAGGUCAUAACAUACCUUGGAUCGAUGCUCAACAGAUGAGUACCGCUCAGAAAUUAUUGUUGUUCUGGAGAAAGCCUGCGCGAAAAUGCUGGUGGGACGGUGUCGAAGUUCAAAUUCCCGCUAGUACCACCUCGAAAGAUGAGAUGAUCAACGUCAAAGUUUGGGCUAGGAGAGUAUGGACUCUGGAGUUGUCUUUGGUGAGUUUACAAUUUUCAUAA